CCUAAUUGUUGUGAUAAACUUAUUAAAUAGAUGAAUCGAUUAACAUUUUGAUAAAAUGACAUCAACAUCAAAGUCUUCGUUGUUUCUCCGACGGCACAGUUCGUAUGGAAUAGCAAAUUUCUCACUUGAAAGUUCUUCACAGCUGACGAAAUGUUCCUCGAGAAGGUCGAUUUCAGUGGGAGCAAACAGAAAGUACGUGUUAAAAAGAAAGCAAUACGAAAAUGACGCCUCAGUUCCCACCAUGAAAAAAGGAUAUCAUGGCCAUUCCAUUCAUGCAAUAAACUAUACACAGUCAAGGAGGAUGAACUUGGGACAGAUAUUCGGGGUGAUCUCAAAGGACCCAUGGGAGAGGUUUGACCCAAAGAAGCAACAGCUUGUGAAAAUGGAGGACGUGGCUGGCAUGAAAGAGGCCAAAGUAGAGGUGAUGGAGUUUGUCGACUUCCUUAAGAAUCAAGCCAAGUACACGACAUUAGGCGCCAGACUACCAAAAGGGGCGCUCUUGUUGGGACCUCCCGGAUGUGGCAAGACUUUGUUGGCCAAGGCAGUUGCAAACGAGGCUCAGGUUCCCUUCUAUUUCGCGGCUGGCAGUGACUUCGUGGAGAUGAUUGGGGGACUAGGUGCGAGGAGGGUACGUAAUCUGUUCAAGAAGGCUAGAGAGGAUGCACCCUGUAUUGUGUUUCUGGACGAACUGGAUGCUCUGGCCGCCAAAAGAGCUGGUGGUGGAGGCGGUGGUGGUUUUCCUGAAAACGGGGAGGCUGAGCAGACUCUGAACCAGCUGCUCACUGAACUGGAUGGGAUGACGUCAUCCGAAGGGGUAAUGGUGUUAGCCAGUACCAACAGGCAGGAUACACUCGACCAGGCUAUACUCCGACCAGGGAGAUUUGACCGACAGAUCACAGUGACUCUCCCCACUCUGUCAGAGCGAGUGGAAAUAUUCAACGUGUACCUGAAGAAACUGAAGCUAGAGAACCCGUAUGAGUCAUACGCUGAGUCACUGGCAGAAUACACUUCAGGAUUCACGGGGGCUGACAUCUCUAACUUCUGCAAUGAGGCAGCUCUUAAUGCUGGCUCACACAACCACGAGUUUAUAUCAGAUAAGAACUUCUGGUAUGCGAUUGAGAGAGUGAAGUUUGGUCUGAAGAAAAGGAGUGGCAGUGUGCAGCAGAUGGAGAAGAGGAAGUUCGCUUACCACGAGGCGGGACAUGCCAUUGUGGCUUGGCAGUUGGAACACACGGCACCUCUACUAAGGAUCAGCAUCGUGGUCUAUAGCAAGUCCAUAGGGUCAGCAUGGCACGCGGACAGGGACAUAUAUCUGGCCACAAGUGAGUACCUGCUGGAUAGCAUGUGUCUCGGUCUGGCGGGCAGAGUGGCCGAACAACAGGUGUUCAACCAGGUGUCGUCUCAUGGAGCAGAAGAUCUGCAGAAAGUGACUAAGAUAGCGAAGGACAGGGUGGAGAAAUAUGGCAUGAACGAAAACAUUGGCUUCAUAUCCUUCCAACAAGACUACAUUGAGCGACCUUACAGCAAACAAUUGGCCAGAGAAAUGGAUAGAGAGAUGAAAGCGGAAAUAAGCACAUGCUACAAAAGAGUGGAAAGUAUCAUCAGCGAAAACAGAGACAAGUUAGACUUAGUGGCCGAAGAAUUGCUCAAGAAAGAAUCUCUAACUUACAAAGACAUUGAACAACUAAUUGGACCUCCUAAGUUUGAAAAGGACUUGCCGGAACAAACGACUGUUUUUUCAGAGAAAUUUGUAAAGGCUAAUGCAGCAUGAUUUUUUUAUUUGUAGUUUAAAUUUAUUGCAAUUUCUUUUAAA